CCAGGAAAACAAGGCAAAAGAGGAAAACGAGGGUCUCGGGGUUUUAAAGGUGUACCUGGACUAAAUGGAGCUCCUGGUCCACGUGGAAUGACUGGACCUAAAGGUGACCCUGGACCAUCUCUGGCUACUCCGACAGUGAUGGUAUCUCCUCCUGUAUUAAUUGUCAAUGAAAGUCAUACCGCUAUAUUACAUUGUGCCGCCAGUGGAUAUCCAAAACCUGUUAUUUCGUGGCGUAAAGUGAACGGUUCUUUACCUUUAGAGAGGUCUUUCAAUGACAAAAGCGGUAGACUUGAGAUUAAGAAUGUGACUUCAGAUGACUCUGGCACCUUUUAUUGUAAAGCAUCAAACAUCCUUGGAAAGGCAGAAGCUGCUUCAAGCUUAAACGUCUACACAAAUCCGCGAAUAACGUUGAAUAAAGGACCAWUCUACGUAAAAAUUGGCGAUAACGUUACUCUGCCUGUUUGUCAAGUAACAGGAAAUCCAAAACCAAAGGUCACGUGGUACAAGUCAGUUGGUUCAUUGCAAAGACAACGCGCCAGUAUUGUAGAUGGACAGCUCACUUUGUUUAAGACAGAGAAGGAUGAUUCAGGAGUAUACCUAUGUCGAGCUGAAAAUCUUCUAGGUUCUGCUGUCUCGAGCCUAUUUCUUGUUGUUGUCCAAUUGCCAGUAUUUGUGACAAAGCCUGCAGCAUCAUAUUGUCCAAAAUCUGGCUCACGGGUACUGCUUAGCUGUGCUGCCAAAGGCGAUCCUAAACCAGUUAUCAGCUGGUCGAAAGAGAAUGGCAACCUUCCAAAUGGUAGAUACGAAAUAAGGGAUGGUUCUUUGAUCAUAAACAACUUUAAUCCUAAUACUGAUCUGGGUGUUUAUGUGUGUUCUGCAACAAUUGCUGCGGUAUCUGAUAUAGAUAUUAAGUCAACAGCUGAGUGUGUUAAAGACUGUUACGAACUCUAUAAACAUGGAGAAAGACGCAACGGUGUGUAUACAAUAAAACCUGAUGAUGGAAGCCCUUUUCAAGUAUAUUGCGAUAUGACAACUGACGGCGGGGGUUGGACUGUGUUCCAG